UUGGCACCGGCCGGGACAGGCAGGCAGGCAGGCAGGCAGGCCGACCUGUGACACCGGCAGCGGGAGCAGCAGCGGGAGGAGCAGCGGGAGCAGCCGGAGCUCCAAGAUGCACACCACCCAGAAGGACACGACCUAUACGAAGAUCUUCGUCGGGGGGCUCCCCUACCACACCACCGACGCCAGCCUGCGCAAGUACUUCGAGGUCUUCGGGGAGAUCGAGGAGGCCGUCGUCAUCACCGACCGCCAGACCGGAAAAUCCAGGGGCUACGGAUUUGUCACCAUGGCAGACCGGGCUGCUGCUGAGAGGGCCUGCAAGGACCCCAACCCCAUCAUCGAUGGCAGGAAAGCUAACGUGAACCUGGCCUACCUUGGAGCCAAACCAAGGAUCAUGCAGCCAGGUUUUGCCUUUGGUGUUCAGCAGCUUCAUCCAGCUCUAAUACAGAGGCCUUUUGGGAUCCCCGCCCAUUAUGUCUACCCACAGGCCUUUGUGCAGCCCGGAGUUGUAAUCCCACACGUCCAACCCACGACGGCCGCCGCGGCCUCCACCACGCCGUACAUCGAUUACACCGGAGCCGCCUACGCUCAGUAUUCGGCCGCCGCGGCCGCCGCGGCCGCAGCGGCGGCCUACGACCAAUACCCCUACGCGGCCUCUCCGGCCGCGGCCAGCUACGUCACGGCCGGUGGCUACGGCUACGCGGUCCAGCAGCCGAUUGCCGCCGCGGCACCCGGGACGGCUGCCGCGGCCGCGGCGUUUGGCCAGUACCAGCCCCAGCAGCUGCAGACGGACCGGAUGCAAUAGUGGACCGACCGACCGGCCGGCCGAAGGGAGUUGGAGCUCUUUCUCCUCUUCCCGCCUCCCCCUUCCGGUUUCCCGUAGAUGCUCAGAGACCGUGUAGCGUUCACUAAGUAGCUUUAAAAAGAGAAAAGGCUGUGCUGUUGCGAAGGAGAAGAUUUUUUUUUAUUCCACUGCCUUGGAACCCGAAUCGCGUCGAGAGGGGAGGAAGGGGCGGGAGCUGGGAGAGAGCCAGUUUCAGGACUCGGUGGUCUAGAAGACGCUGAAUAAACAGCGCGCUGCCACGAAUCGGUGGCAAGAGGAACGUGGGACUUUGUUUUCAUAAACGAAGUAUUUUUUUUACAGUAUCAGGGAAACAAACUGCCUUUUACAAGUGAGGCAGUUGAACCCGGGGAGGGCAAAGAAACCAAUCCAGAGUGAGCAAUAUGUAGCUUGUAUCGAAAGAAAAAUAUAUUUUUUUUUAAGGAAAAAUACUGAAAGCACUGAUCGUUGUUUCUAGUACAUCCUAUAGAACUUGUUUAAGGAAGGAAGUCCUUUUUUCUUACAAUUCGUCAUGGGCACCGAACAAUCUGGGAAGAAUGGUGGUGGUAAAAUGGUGGGUGGACAGGGACACCAAAGCUAUCUUCUCAUCUGUCAGGAGAUGUGUGGCACUGUGGAACGAAGAAGGGCAGCAGUUAGGCAGACAAUAACACAGACCAGACCCUUCUGGGAAAGACACAUCACUUGUGCUCAUUUGAGCCUGUCACAUCCUAAUCCCUCUUCCCAUCCUGUUUCAAUUUUGGGAAACUUCAACUGCUGGCAUCAGCGAUUCUGAUUCCGAAAUAGGAUCAGCCUUUACUACAACAGCCUUCUCUGUCUAUUUAUUGCGUCUGAUUCCUGGCUUGUGAAUAAAGGCAGAAAGAACGCUUGCUGAAUUUCAACCUUUUAAGAACUGUCUUAAGGAAAUUUAUUUUUUCCUUCAGAGAGGGUUUGUACAAUUUUCGUAUCUAUUUCAGAGACGUAUUUAAAAGUAUUUAUUAGCGGAUGCAGUACAGGAGACGACGAUAUCACUGAGGUGGCAGUUCAAAGGUUAAUGAUCUGUGGUUUAUACUGUGCCUUAAUUGUAAUGCUAUUUAAAAAUAUUUAUUUUGAAGUUUUACUACGCUGCACUCUAAAGAAAGGAACUUUAGACGUGACACUGUAAAAUUAUGUAUUCAUCUCAUGGCAUAAAUUAUUUAGUAGGUUUUAGAUGUAGCAUAUUAAAUAUUAACCUAUUCAACUGAAGAUGUUGACUUGGAUUUAUUUAAGUUCAAUGUGUGCACUGUAUGAGAGGGUACUCUUACAUGAACACUUUUUAGGUUUUUACAGACUAUGUUGCUAGGUUCCUGCUUCUCUUAAAUACUUUCGCCUCCUCAUAGACCUCUUCUCAGCAUUGUCCAUAAAUUCAUGAGUUUCUCUUUUUACUCUUCUUUAUGUAGUUUAAAAUGCUGCUUACCAUUUUCUUCCUCGUGAAACUACGAUACUUGCAAUUUUUAUUCUUAACCGAAAUUGACGAAUAUUUUACACUGUAUUGGAUUUUUUUAUACUUGAACAAUUUCAUACAAGGGAAGACAAGACCGUAUAGAAUUUUUAUGGACCUUAUCCAACGUCACUGGAUUUAUUUUAAGUAUUCCAAAUACUAGCCAGUGUUAUGUAAUGUAGACGUGACUCUCCUGUGCAUAUUAUUUAUUCAGUACGUAUAUUGCUUUAUAACAUUUCAGAUCUUCUACUCUAUU